CGGGCUUUCCCCAGUGGAACGUCCCCCACGUUCCAAAGACUGUGUGAGGGCUAUACCAUUCACUGCCGUGGGGGGGAAGGUGCUUCCCCAUGUUGCAAGCUUGGUGCUGAAGACGGACACACACGCUUGUUAUUGGAUUCCUGUGUAUUAGACGGAAUUUGGUAAUUGGUUGGUGAUGAAACGGGGAGCCAAUGAGAGCCGCUGAUCUGUACCAAUAGGAUGAGGGGGAGGGCGGAGCGCUGCAUUGGCAGACAUGCAAGGUGGUGUGUGCAGGGGCUGCCAGCUGUUCCUUACAUUGGUGCUGCUGUUGUGCCCUUCCUUGCCUGUCAGGGGUCUGCGAUAUAGACAGUAUUUGCACUUUCAAGUGCUGAGCCCAGGGGACAUCCAGUACAUCUUCACAGCCACGCCAGCCAAGGAUUUCGGGGGUAUCUUUAACCAGAGAUAUGACCAGAUCCACCUGGUUCCUGCUGACCCACUUGAGGCCUGUGGAGAGCUGAAUAAUGGGGCUUUCAUCCAGGGGGAGAUUGCACUGGUGGAGAGAGGGGGGUGCUCCUUCUUGUCCAAGACACGGGUCAUUCAGGAGCAUGGGGGCCUGGCUGUGAUUAUUGCAGAUAAUGCCUCAGACAACGACAGCCGCUAUGUCGACAUGAUCAACGACAACAGCGGCAGAACAGUAGAUAUCCCAGCCCUGUUCCUGCUUGGCAGAGAUGGGUACAUGAUCCAGCGUUCCCUGGAGCAGCACGGGCUUCCCUGGGCCAUCAUCUCCAUCCCAGUGAACAUCAGCAGCAUUCCAACGUUUGAACUCAAGCAGCCCCCUUGGACCUACUGGUAGUGACCCCCUAGCAGCAGGAUCACAGCCAUAUUACUGCAGCCCAUCUGGCAAGGGAGAAGUUUAGAGCCAGUAGCCCUCUCUCAGCCGGCGGAUACUUUCUUCUUGUACUGCUGCUUUGUGAUGCUCCCUUUGUCUUCCUCAGAAAUGCACAUUAUAUCCAGCGCAGGGUCCAUGUGAUCUUACAUGUUACAGCCUGGGGGUAGCAGUGUCUCUUGCACUAUUGACUUCCUGGGGGGGGGGGUCCAUCCUGUAGUACUCAAGCUGGCUUGGAACUAAAACCUUCAGAAUUCCCUGGCAGCUAAAGAACAUGAUUGGAGCUUCUAUACAAACUCCUGAAUCCCGAAACAAGGGCAAAUCUUAUUUAAAUAGAUCUCUGCAGCAUUUGUAUUUUAUAAAUGACCUGGUACAAAGGGUAGAUAUGGCCUUUUAGCCGAACAUUUAAAUAUAAAUUCAUUUAUUGCGUUUACUGUCUCCACCUUGUACACUCCCCUGUCUGGGAACAAAGCACAACUUUCUCUUGAAUCCCAAGGGGAAAUCCUUAUUUUUAUCAGGCUUUAAAGCUGUGUUUACAGGAUAAAGGAGGUCUCCGAUCAGUAUGGUUUGUAAUGUUAGGGGGGUUGCUAUGACUUUGAUUCAGUACAAUGUAGCGGGGGGCUUAUCGAGUACAUGGCCAUAUAGACCACAGGGCAUUGCCCAGGCACACUCUAUGCAGGAAGGUUUCUAUUUGGACAAGAGUCCUGCAUAUGGAAUUAACCCAUUGGUUGCUAGAAUUGCAUUUAAAAAUAUAGGCAACAAAAUAUGUGCAGGAGAGGGCUAAGUACAAUUCAUUUUAUGAGAGGCCACAUGUCCCCUUUAAAGAGAGGCAAUCGAUAUAUAUUUUUUGGGGGGGGGAUUUUUUUUGUCUUUUUUGAAUGUGUCAGCUUGUAUUAUUGCCUAACAUAUUCUGAAAGUCUGGAUUUAUAAAUAAAUAAAACACUGUGCCUCUUAUGUUGGUUAGAA